AUGGCCCGUGAAGGAGGUGUCACCAAGAAGAAGAGUAAGGACCCCAAUGCCCCCAAGAAGGCCCUCUCCGCCUACUUCCUCUGGCUGAAAGAGAACCGCGCCCGUUUUGCGAAGCCUGGCAUGAAAGUCGGCGAUGUUGCCAAAGCCGCCGCCGAGGAAUGGAGAUCGCUGGACGAUAAAGCCGAAUGGAACAAAAAGGCCGAAGAGGACAAGAUCCGCUACAGAGAAGAGCUGGAGGAGUACCAGAAGAGCAAAUGAAGGUAGCCUGUAAAUAUGCGCGUAUAUUCUCAGAAUCAGUAAAAUCUCAUCCAAGUUCUUGUUGUUAAUGUAACGUUGUUCCCGGAUAUUGCCUUGGCUUAAUUUGAAUAAAUGACAGAAAGCAAUCGAGUAGCCUUAUUUUUGAUUUGACAUUGGGGGAGCGGGUUGACGAUACUUUGGGUCGCCUCAAUUUGUCGUUUUAUGCCUGUCGGAGGUUAGGUGGAGACAGGUAAGAGAAAUGAUAAGGUUGAUCGGGUCAAAGAAUAGUUUAUCAUUAAUUUUGAAGUCUUACAAUGAUAUCCAGGUAAAACUUACGGAUCUUCGUUUUUUGAAACAAGUUUUGGUUGUUUCUGUGUUGCAAUAACGUAGAAAUUGUGGUCAUGUUGAAAGCAUUCGACAAGUCUCCGCUGAACCUUCACCGACCUCGUCGAUCAUCUAACGUCUUUUCCAGGCCUUGUAGUAACCUACAAAAAAUCUUUUUGCGUCUCACCGAGCGAUUUUGUGUUGACCCGAACUGUCGUCGACCCGGAAAGUCGGGACGCGAAUAAUUUUGAAUUUCGGAAGGAAAAGGAUAGGCAGGGCUAGUCCAAGUCCACCUCGGCAUAGAGCAAGGAGAGGUUUGAAGAUUUUUUAAAGGAAAUGCUUCUAACGAACCUCGUGAAAAACGUAAACUUGGAUAGCAGUUGGAGAUCGAACGUUCGGGACAUUUUUUUCUUUAACGACAUACUAUCAAUAAUUGAAACGUCACUUUCUCCCACUCCAAAAUGCUCCCAUUGACGUAAGGAGUUACGGUAUUCCCUGCCAAUCGGCUUUCGCAGCUAAGGCCAGACUGAUACCGACUCCUUGGGCUGAUGUCAGCGCUGAGGCUUAUAGUGUGUGACUGCAAUCGCUGCACUCUCGCUGAUAAGAAACUGAGAAGGUUGUCUCAUCUGGACUGAUUAGGGCGCGGCUUGCUUCGCCUUCUGAUGUCAUCUCCAGUUGAGGUGCAGUCGGCUAAGCCGUGACGUGAGAGGAGGAAAUUAUCGGUGAAGUUGAUAACAAAAAAGAGGACGAAGACGGGGAAGGACCACAGAUCGAAACGAGCCUACGGUCAAAUGCUUCGAAGGUGGAGUCAGAGUUGUAAAUUGCGGGCCUGAGGCUGUAUAAAUUAGGCUGUGAAUACACGAGUUGUUAUCAAUGCUUUGGUCGAUAGUCGUUUGCCUAUCCUUUCAUUCCACAGGUUCGUUUUCGUUGGUCGAGGGGGGUGGAUUCUAAAUUUGUGGGGCAGUAUAAAACACUACUUUUAAUUGUUGGUCGAAAUGUAAUCAAGAUUCAGAGUCUACUUUGUGUAUUAUCGCUCCAGUCCUCACACCCUCGGGGAACACCCUUUCUCAUCCCGGCAAUUCACACCCCCAUGCAAUAACUCUUGUUUUUAUUAUCGAGCGUGUUUCCGGGUUGUAUAAACUCAUGCGUUUAUUGCCUCAUUCAUUGCGAAAAUUCCAUAAUUUAAUGAUAGAUUGCUUUAAGAGUGAGGCUGACUAAGUUUGGAGGUGAAAUGGAUACCGUAUGUCAAUUGAUUUGCCCUAGAAACGUGGAAGUUCAAGCUCAAACAUCUUCCCGUUUGUGCCGGAGAUUCGAAAAGAAAGUGGUGAUUAUUUCCGGAGGAACUCGAGGGUAGGUUGAGAUCUCAAAGUUCAGUAUGACCACUAAUUUUACCAUAAAAGAGCAAUAUUUUGGCCCUAAAAAAGAUUUUUAUUUCUAGUCAUCUAUUAUAAGUAUUAUAAUAAUUUUCUCCAGAAUUGGUCUUGCCAUUGCUCAACGUCUUGUGGAAGAAGGAGCCAGUGUGAUUGUAGCCAGUCGAUGUCAGCAAAACGUCAACGAAGCUGUGGAUUAUCUCCGAUCCCUCCCUGAAAUCCAUCCCAAUCAAGUUUGCGGCCAAGUUUGCCAUGCUGGUUGCAGAGAACAGCGAGAAGAGCUAAUUGAUGUGGCUGAAAAAAAGUUUGGACGACUAGAUGUCCUAAUCUCCAAUGCUGGAGUCAACCCUGCCGUAGGGCAUAUAAUGGAGGUGUCCGGAUCUCAAUGGGACAAGCUUUGUGACAUCAAUAUUAAAGCCGGAUUUGAACUGUGCAGAAGGGCGGUGCCGUUGAUGGAAUGGAGUGGGUGAGUACACAAAAACUUACUAAUCCUUCGGCACAAGCUACAGAUAAUAAUUUACUGUCUUUUCAGGGGUGGCGUAGUGAUUUUUACCUCAUCAUUAGCCGCGUAUCGUGUCCCCGGCGCGUUUAAUGCGUAUGGAACAACAAAGUCCGCGCUCUCAAUGCUGACUACAGUGCUCUCGCAAGAACUGGCGCACAAGCGCAUCCGAGUCAACAGUAUUGUCCCGGGCACCGUGGAUGGCGCUGGAAUGAGCCGAAUGGUAAGAUCCGGAAAUUAUUUUAGUUUAGACUUCAGAAAAAAGACCAUAAUCCUCAUUGUAUUAUAGUUAUGGGACACAACUCAUAAGUGGCAUCACAAAGUCAAAUCCGCAGCACACGGCUCGAAAGGGCUGUUUGGACGGUUUGCAAAGCCUUCGGAGAUUGCCUCAUCAGUUGCCUAUCUUUGUUCGGACGAUGCAAGCUUUGUGACGGGCGAGAAUCAUCUUGUGAUGGGAGGUAUUGACGCUCGAUUGUGA